CCGCUGUGCAAGCUGUGUAUUUUAUAUUUUAGAAAUCUUUUAUUUACGGGAAUGAAAUUCAUAUUAUUCUGCGUGCUUGGUUUUAUCAUAGGCACUAAAGGAGAUCAAUGUAUAACGCCAGAUGAUGAAGACGGAGAAUGUGUAUACAUUAAUACUUGCAAAUCUUUAAUGGACAUCUCGGGGAAACCUUACAAGACAGACUUGGACAGAUAUAUAAUAAGAGCUCAUGGUGAUGCAUGUCAGCACACAGAAAAUAAAGAAGAUGUGUGUUGUCCCAUCUCCGAAAUUAUGAAGCCAGAGACUACAACCAUGAAGAUUUACGUACCGCCGCUACAGGAAAGCUGUACAGUCGGUCGUUGCUUUAACAUAUAUAACUGUAGUGUCUUAUUACAAAUCGCUUUGAAUCCUAAUAUAACAGUAGGAGAUAGGCAAUAUUUACGUGAUAGACAGUGCAAAAAUAACGCUGAUAAAUUUAGUUUGUGCUGCCCGGAACCGGAACUGCCGGAUAAUACAGCGCCUCCGCCAGAGCAUCUAGAGUGUGUAGCACCAAAGGGCGCACCUGGUAUCUGCAUGGCUCCCGAAGAUUGCAUACCAAUAUCAAUAAUUCAUAGAAAGGAUACACAGACACAAGAAGAUAUAAAGUUUUUACUUGAUAGCGCAUGUCCCACCCAAGAUGAGCUGUAUUGUUGUCCUACAGUGGUUUCUACCGAAACGGAAGCGCCAACUACUACAACGACAGCUGCUCCUAUAGUGGAAACAUGUGAAACACCUAAUGGUACUAACGGCACUUGUAUUUCCGUUAUACACUGUGAACCGCUGAUGCGUAUCCUACAGAAAACUGAUUUUUUUGCAAAUGAUGCCCAAUAUCUGAAUGCUAGCUUUUGCGGUGAUGCCGCUAACUUCCCAAAAGUUUGCUGCCCAGAGACCCCGGCAGUCGAAGAAUUCAGUUUACCACAACCGCCUUACUGCGGCACAGUGUCCACAGCUCAAGCAGAGUUCGACUCUGGUUCAAUUACCUAUGAAGAGGAAUACCCCUGGACAGCAAUGCUGCUAUACAAAAAUAAAAGGAAAGAAAAAUCGCAUAUUUAUUGUGGUGGCACGCUUAUACACGAGCGUUUUGUGCUCACAGCGGCACAUUGCCUGCAUGAGCAAGAGCCGGAAUGGAAUUUGACUAGCGUGCGUUUGGGUGUUUGGGCUACAAAUGCGAUGGAAGAUUGUCUAAAUCAAGCGUCAAACGAUCAACUAGAUUGUGAGUCAAAGCAUAUCGACAUGGUUGUGAGCAAAAUAAUCAAACAUCCCGAACAUGAGUCUUUGUAUAAUGAUCUCGCUUUGCUGCAAUUGAAUGCGGCGGUACGUGUCACGCGUUACAUAACGCCGAUUUGUUUGCCCUUGGAGACCAGACAGUUCUCGGCAAGCUUUGACAACACGGCAAUGCAAAUAUCCGGUUGGGGCGCGCAUAUGUUCGGUGAAAUUGCCGAAGUCAAAAUGAAAUCCAUUACUUAUAUAUCGAAUAUGGAUGAAUGCAAGAAACUCUAUUCGAACGGCGUUGCUGGAGAUUUGACAGCGAAACAUGUUUGUGUGAAGGGAAAGGGCACCGAUGAUGGCAAAGUUUUAGAUUCUGGCGGCGCGCUUAUGGCAGUCGUGAAUGUUGGAAAAAUGCAGUCGUAUUUUUUGGUGGGCGUAGAAGCUAUCAGUUAUGAAGUACCGCCGGAAGAGGGAUACCCGUUUAUAUUUACGCGCGUUAGUCCCUAUUUGGAUUGGAUAAAAAGUGAAAUCAGCGGAAUAUAAUUAUGUAUGUGUCGAUGUUGUAAUGCUGAAUUUGAGCUGGAUCAAAAUUUAAAUAAUAUAAUAAUAAAUGGCUUAAGUAGCUAUUUGAAAUUUUCGGUAUAAUAAUUUGUUAUGUUUAUCUAUGUGGUAACGUCAAACGUAAAUUUUUUCAACCAUGUCAUCUCAUUAGAACCUUUAAAUCAUUUCUAUAAUCGAUUGUAAUAUUUUGAAUUUUUAAUUCAUUUUUAAUAAAUAUGGCAACACUUUUAGAACACACA